GAAGUUCAAGGCGUAAUAGAAUCAUAACAAAAUGGUUCCUAAUAAUAUCCAAUAAUUUCCGUCACAUUUCGGGUCCCUGACCACUAAAACAUUAGCCCGUUCCUCCACCGUUCAAAAGACUAUGGCCAAGUGGUUCUUGUGUAGGCGAAACGAAGUACCUUUGCUUUUCCAGAAGUAUUGCUCCAAAGACAUUAGCCGUCCCCGGUGCUCAACAGUUAUUCGUUACACAGACCGUGAACUAGCACGAGUUCCGGUCGUGGUCCAUUAGUGACGACGCCUCGAACACGAUUUCUGUGCAACACAUCAGUACAAAUCCCCUCCACGCCGGCAAUGGAUUCUGCGAGCGAUGCCUGUAAGGACGACGACGACGAAAGUUCGUCCGCCUCGCCGUCCUCCGAUUCGGAGUCCACGCCAAAGCGUUCCGAACUCGACGAGUUUCGCGAAAUAUGGCAACAAGAACUGAAGAAGGAUCAACCCAAAACCCAGUCGUCAACCGUUCUAAAUGGCGCACCCGGGACAAACCGCGAAGCUGUGUCUGUCGAGCAGCAGGCACGUUCCCUGUUUCUGCAGGGCUCGGAGCUCGAGCGGAGUGGUAAGGUGUUCGAAGCCAUGAGACUCUACCGACGAGCUACCCAGCUGGUGCCUGACAUUGAGUUUAAAGUGUUCGACAAGAAGCAUCUUUCGUCGAAGCAUCCGGAUGAUGCAAUCGAUGGUAGCACGGUCGGCGGGCUUGUGGAAGGAAUGGCUGAGGCAAUCAUCGACGAAGAGGAAGAAAAUUUGGAGAACGUCGAUCUGGUGCUGCGUUUCCAGGCACUGAUGGGUCGCUCGGGUAAACUCUUCGAACGAGCAACUAGUGACCGGAAGAUGAUCGUAACGGCUGCCCAUCUGUCCGAUCUUCCGACGGAGCUAAUCCUUUACAUCCUGCGAUGGGUUGUGUCUAACGAUCUGGAUAUGAAGUCACUCGAACGCUUUGCUUCCGUGUGCCGAGGAUUCUUUCUACUGGCACGGGAUCCAGAAAUCUGGCGCCACGCUUGCUUGAGAGUAUGGGGUGUUAACAUGGGUGUGCUGAAGGGUUCUCCUUUCGGUUCGUGGCGUGAGAUGUACAUCAAGCGCCCACGGGUACACUUUCACGGAUGUUACAUCAGCCGCGCCAGCUAUCUGCGGUCCGGUGAGAACAGUUUUCAGGAUCAGUUUUAUCGGCCAAUACAACUGGUGGAGUACUACCGUUACGUACGUUUUUUCGCCGACGGCCAGGUACGGAUGCUAACGACCGCAGACGAACCGUCUCAGUGCGUCGCCAAGCUAAAGCAACGUUGGCCAGCGCAAAAUGAAAUUCUUCGCGGGCACUAUCGCUUACUGAACGAUGAAGUUAUCAUCGCAAUCCAGCGAAACCGUCAACCAGCUCUGCAGCGACCGGGUCGGAAUUCGCGCGACCAUGAAGCGGAGUGCGGUCUUCAAACGUUCUACAUGGAGCUGCGUAUCGGCAGCACCAGCAAGAGGCCGUUCAGCCAACUGCUGUGGACACAGUACUCGAUGGUACAGCAGCGGAACAACCAAGAGAGAAAGACACAGUUUGAGCUUGUGCCAUCAAAGUACCCACCGUUGUACUUUUCGCGCGUCAAGCACUAUCACCAGGAAUCGGACGGACCCCUAAUGUAGCUUGAAGCGAGGCAGCUUUCAGGUGCAACAAAAGAAAGCACGAGGUGGUGGUUUUUAUUUUUGAUACUUUAAACAGUGUGUAUUCUAUUUAAUAGAAAGAGAAUUGUUACUUAUUACGAAAAGGGGAAAAACAAGCCCAAUUGCUUGUGGAAUGGUCUUGCAUUGAGACGCUGGCACGCUACAUAGCGCUAUCAAUAAAAUAUUAAUGUUGAA